UGGUUGCUGGACAUCCAAAGCAUCGUUACCUUCACGUUUACUACGCUCUCCUUAUUCAGCUUGCUUCCACGCGCCUGGGCAUAAGUCAACAUGUUGUUCCUUCUACUCACCUUGACCAGUCUUUAUUCGAUGGCAGUCGCCGUUGAAGGCAUCAGUGCCGGACUCCCGUCCCGGGGCUAUGCAUCGCUCACUGCGGCGGAUCAGCUUCCUAAUGCCACUCACAGCAUCGACUUCCAACACGCAAACUCCGGCCUGUGGAACUGGACGGUGCGGGUCAGCGACGUAUCGAUGCCCAACGCGUCGCAGUUGAUACCAGAUGCGCAUGUUGCGUAUACGACCUACUCCUUCUCGUGGCCAGGUCAAGGCACGCUCCAAGAUGCGCUGAACGCGGAGGCCGAGCAGGAGUCUAUCCUGACUCAUUACAGCUCGUGUGCGGUCCUUUUUGACGCUUUGUUUCCGACAAAUGUAACGGACAAGUUCGAUGACUCCAGCUCGGAUUGUACCAGCAUGCUUGGUGCUGAAUGCGUGAAAGCCCUUACAACCCUGGUAGGAAGUGUUAAUGGCGAUUGCAAGGGUUUCAGCAUUCCCACUACUUUGAUACAAGAACAAUGUGCCAGCUCUUUUGGCGUUGCCUUGGGAGGCGGCUACGGCUUCAACUAUGCGCGUAGGUCGCACACGAGAUCAGCCCGAUGACACAUGUAAUCGAUGCUAACUCCUUUGAUUUGCAGGUUUCGGUGACUACAUGAGGUCUACCUCGAAUACAAGCAGUCCCGGCAAUCAAACAUCGCCCCUCAAGGGACAACCCUAUGCUU